AUGACGAAGAAUCGUUGCUCCGGUUUGAGGCCUCUGAUCUCUACCAUUCCCAUUGAUGCUCGGCAGUCACUGGGACUCUUCCUGGUUAUCCUGUUGCUGCCUUGUGCCAUGGAGAUCAUGCAGCUCUGGUUCUACAGGACCACCCCACUCCAGGAGAUCACAGAAGAAACAGCCAUGGGACAGAUUGUCACCACCCCCUUGAGCCUCACAUUUGCCUCCUCCCUUUACCCUGUUCUCCCACGAAAGGAUCCCCCUAAGACCCCUGUCCUUCCCCCUGACCCCAAUACACCUCUUAUUGACCUCCUGACAGAGGACCCAUUGCCAUGCCCGGGGAAUCGGGGACCAGGGGAACAGGCAGCCCCCGCAGCGGCACCAGAACCACCGGCGGCCCCCGCACAUCCUCUACAGGGACAGCGGGAGGAUGAGGCUCAGGCUCCCUCCCCAAUUGCGGAUGAGGCUCCGGCUCCCUCCCCAAUUGCCGGUCGCCUCCGAGGAAAGCGCAACGAACCAGCCAAAGAAUCCAGAGCCUUCCCCCUCCGAGAGGGCCCCAAUCACCAGCUCCAAUACUGGCCAUUUUCGGCCUCUGAUCUUUACAGCUGGAAGCAGCAUAAUCCUCCUUUCUCUAAGGACCCUGUUGCCUUGACUAACCUGAUUGAGUCCAUUUUAAUGACCCACCAGCCUACGUGGGAGGAUUGUCAGCAGUUAUUGCAGACCCUCCUGACGGUGGAGGAGAAGCAGCGAGUCUUCUUGGAGGCUCGGAAGCAGGUUCCUGGAGACGAUGGAAGACCCACCCAAUUGCCUAAUAUCAUUGAUGCAGCCUUUCCCCUCACCCGCCCGAACUGGGACUUCGUGACCCCAGAAGGUAGGGAGCACCUACGUCUCUAUCGCCAGUUGCUCUUAGAGGGUCUCCGGGGGGCUACUAGACGCCCUAUCAAUUUGGCUCAGGUUAGAAAUGUGAUCCAGGGAAAGGAUGAGACGCCGGCAGCAUUCUUGGAAAGACUCAAAGAGGCCUAUAGGAUGUAUGCCCCGUAUGAUCCAGAAGAUCCAGGACAGGCGCCAGGCGUCAUCUUGUCUUUCAUCUAUCAGUCAAGUCCAGAUAUAAGGGCCAAAUUACAGAGACUAGAGGGAUUGCAUUCGUUCAGUUUGUCAGAUUUAUUGAAAGAAGCAGAGAAAGUGUUUAAUAAAAGAGAAACUCCCGAAGAGUGGGAGGAGAGGAUGUGGUAGAAACAGGAAGAAAGGGAUAGGAAACGUCAUAGAGAAAUAAAUAAAGUCCUGGCUGCUGUAAUAUCUCAGGGACAGGGCAGAGAGGGAGUUAGGAUGGGAGAUCAAAGAAGGAUACCGCUUGACAAAGACCAGUGUGCUUACUGCAAAGAGAAGGGACAUUGGGCUCGUGACUGCCCAAGGAAACCUCAAGGGUCUCGGAGAAUUAAGCCAAGGGCCACGGACCUCCUCAAUCUGGAGGAUUAGGGAAGUCAAGGCCAGGAGCCCCCCCCCCCGAGCCUAGGAUAACUCUCAAGAUUGGGGGGCAGCCAGUAACCUUCUUGGUGGACACCGGGGCUCAACAUUCAGUCCUGACUCAUACCGGAGGCUCUCUCAGUGACCGCACAGUUUUGGUCCAGGGGGCCACGGGUA